ACUCUUAGCUUGUAUCCAAAGCUAACAUCUAGCACCAGUCUUUUUUGUGCCAUUUGUCCUACAAACAAUACAUCCCAACUACUCCUACCAGCUCCUCUCCAUAACAAAGCAUCUUUUGACUUCACCAACAAACCCAUCAUCCAAAGGAGAGGGAGGAAGAACAGAGAAGAGAUGGGAGUGAAGAAUUCUCUGGUGGCCACAUUGUUCAUCUUUAUUUGCUUUUCUUCCUUUGCUAGCUCACAAUCAGACUCUUGCAGUUCUAAUCUCAAUCUCAAUGGGCUUGUGUCCUUUGACACUGUCUCUCUUCAUUGCUAUCCUGUUUGGAACGCAAAAGAUUACAUCCUUAGAUAUCUGCAGGCGGGACCGGAGCUGUGGAGCUUUGUUCUAUCGGCGCCGGACAUACAGUCGUACGUCGGCAUCGGGUUCUCGAGCAAUGGCCUGAUGGUCGGCAGUAGCGCCAUUGUUGGAUGGGCUCCUGCCGGUGGGACUCCUGCUAUUAAGCAGUACUAUCUAGGAGCGACUAAUGAGAACCAAGUCCUACCCGACCAAGGGAACCUGCAAAUUGUGAACAACUCCAUGGUGAUUAUAUCUCAGUCAUCUAGGUUGUACCUGGCCUUUCAAUUGAGCACCUCUGAGCCAGAGUCCAGGAUUCUUUACUCGCUCGGCCCAAGCAACUGGUUCCCAUCAUCAGACUAUCGCUUGACCCAACACCAGGACCGAGUCUCUACUUCUAUGAACUUUGUAACAGGUCAAAGUAGUGUGAAGAGGCCGUACACGAAACUGAGAAGGGGCCAUGGGACUCUGAAUAUGUUGGGAUGGAGCAUCUUUAUGAUCAUUGGAGCCAUGUCUGCCCGUUACUUCAGGGAGUGGGACCCAGCAUGGUUUUACUUCCAUGCUACCAUCCAGUCUCUUGGUUUCAUCAUGGGAUCGAUUGGUGUGAUCUUGGGAUUUGUGUUGGAUCAUCAAAUCAAAGCUGCUGUAUCACGGCACAAGGUGCUCGGGGUCUUCAUACUUUCUCUUGGCUGCCUUCAGGUGAUUGCUUUUAUGCUCCGACCAAGAAAGGAUUCGAAAGUACGAAGAUAUUGGAAUUGGUACCAUCAUACUGUUGGAAGGGUUUUGAUAAUCUUAUCAAUGGUGAAUGUAUUUUAUGGGAUCCAUUUAGGGAAAGAAGGGGAUGGAUGGAAAGCUGGUUAUGGAGUUGUUCUUGGGGUCUUAAUCCUUGUUGCCAUAAUGUUAGAGAUAAGAAUGUGGAAGAGAAUGUGAGAAUUUUAACUAGGAAAUAAGUCUUUCUAUCAUUCUUAUCUGUAUGUAGUUCUUCAGUACUCUCAUCUCCACCGGCUUUGUUGGUCCUUUGUGUUUAUCAUGUUAAAAUAUUUUGUUAGUCAUGGAUGAAUCGAUUAAAUAUUUCCAAGAGGUUUAUUGUUCCGUGA